GCGGCACCAGUGACACCUUCGUCGCGGAGGUGAUGCCAGGAGCAUCGGACUCUAUGCGCCGAUUCAGGUCUCUGACGAUGCCAGGCCAGUGCCUGGAAGCUACGGCCGGGCAGAAGGGGCUCCAAGGAGUCACAUGCGCCCAAGAGGCUGAGGCA